CCGCCCCCUCGGCCGGUCGCCCGCCGCAGCCGCAAGCCCCGAAAAGCUUUCCUGCAGACCAAGGGGGCCCGGGCGAACCACUUGGUGCCCGAGGCGCCCACGGCGCCUGCCCAUCCCUUGACCUACGAGGACGAGGAGGUGGCGGGCAGAGUGGGCGGCAGUGCGGGCAGCGGGCUGGGGGACAGCUACAGCCCUCCAGCGGGGACUGCUUCACCCCCUGAGGGGCCCCUGGGUUACGAGCCCUUCGAGGGUGAGGAAGAAGAAGAGGAGCUGGUGUACCCUUCUGCCUACGGGAUGGCGCAGGGAGGUGGGCCCCCGCUGUCCCCGGAGGAGCUGGGCUCUGAUGAGGACGCCAUCGAUCCCGACCUGAUGGCCUACCUGAGCUCGCUGCACCAGGACGCCCUGGCGCCGGGCCUGGACGGCCAGGACAAGCUGGUGCGCAAGCGCCGCUCCCAGAUGCCCCAGGAGUGCCCGGUCUGCCACAAGAUCAUCCACGGGGCAGGCAAGCUGCCACGCCACAUGAGGACCCACACGGGGGAGAAGCCCUUCGCCUGUGAAGUCUGCGGUGUGCGCUUCACCCGGUGAGCCCCAGGGGGGAAGGGACC